AUGUGUCUCUCAGCACACUUUGGAACCCAUGUGUCUCUCAGCACACUUUGGAACCCAUGUGUGUCUCAGCACACUUUGGAACCCAUGUGUCUCUCAGCACACUUUGGAACCCAUGUGUCUCUCAGCACACUUUGGAACCCAUGUGUGUCUCUCAGCACACUUUGGAACCCAUGUGUCUCUCAGCACACUUUGGAACCCAUGUGUCUCAGCACACUUUGGAACCCAUGUGUCUCAGCACACUUUGGAACCCAUGUGUGUCUCUCAGCACACUUUGGAACCCAUGUGUCUCAGCACACUUUGGAACCCAUGUGUCUCAGCACACUUUGGAACCCAUGUGUGUCUCUCAGCACACUUUGGAACCCAUGUGUCUCAGCACACUUUGGAACCCAUGUGUCUCAGCACACUUUGGAACCCAUGUGUGUCUCUCAGCACACUUUGGAACCCAUGUGUCUCAGCACACUUUGGAACCCAUGUGUCUCAGCACACUUUGGAACCCAUGUGUCUCAGCACACUUUGGAACCCAUGUGUCUCAGCACACUUUGGAACCCAUGUGUCUCAGCACACUUUGGAACCCAUGUGUGUCUCUCAGCACACUUUGGAACCCAUGUGUCUCUCAGCACACUUUGGAACCCAUGUGUCUCUCAGCACACUUUGGAACCCAUGUGUCUCUCAGCACACUUUGGAACCCAUGUGUCUCUCAGCACACUUUGGAACCCAUAUGUGUCUCAGCACACUUUGGAACCCAUAUGUGUCUCUCAGCACACUUUGGAACCCAUGUGUCUCUCAGCACACUUUGGAACCCAUGUGUCUCUCAGCACACUUUGGAACCCAUGUGUCUCAGCACACUUUGGAACACACAUCCUCUCAUAA